AUGAAAGGGAAGAAUAAUAAGAAGUUGUUGGUGAGUGUGAAUGUUCUUGGAAGUGUUGGUCCUAUAAGGUUUUUAGCCAACGAAGACGAUGAAGUUUCAAGAAUUAUAAACACAACUUUGAAAGCUUAUGCUCGUCAAGGCAGGGUUCCGGUUCUAGGGUUUGAUGUCGAUAACUUUAUCUUCUACUCCAUUAAUCCCGGAUUCAAUACUUUGCACCCACAAGAGAAGAUAAGUUCAAUGGAUAUAACGAAUUUCUUGUUGUGCAAGAAAGAGCCAAGGCCAUUGGAAGAAGUCGAGGGAGUAAGAGGAGGGAGUAAAGCUCGGAUAGUUCAUGGAUGGAAAAAUCGUCUUCUUCGGUCCUUAUUAGGAUAAAUUCUUCUUAUACAAUCACAAAUCUAACUCCUU